CUUCGCGAAGACUUCCCCUUCCGCCCGCCGCCCCGCGGCCCGCCCCUCUCGGCGCCGGAAGCAGCUGUUGCCCCGAGCAACUGCAACGUCCGGCUUUCCGAGUUGGCGGCGGGAAAAGGCCAUGAGUAAAAGCCGGGCAGAGGCUGCGGCGGGAGCCCCCGGGAUCCUCCUGAGGUACCUGCAGGAGCAGAACCGGCCCUACAGCGCGCAGGACGUGUUCGGGAACUUGCAGCGGGAACACGGCCUGGGCAAGGCGGCGGUGGUGAAGGCGCUGGAGCAGCUGGCCCAACAAGGCAAAAUCAAAGAGAAGAUGUACGGCAAGCAGAAGAUCUAUUUUGCGGACCAGGACCAGUUUGCCACUGUGAGCGACGCUGACCUCCAGGGCUUGGAUGCCAAAAUUGUGGCCCUGACCGCUAAGGUGCAGAGCUUACAGCAGAGCUGCCGCCACAUGGAGGCUGAGCUGAAGGAGCUAACUAGUGCCCUGACCACACCGGAGAUGCAGAAGGAGAUCCAGGAGUUGAAGAAGGAAUGUGCUGCCUACAGAGAGAGACUGAAGAACAUCAAAGCAGCCUCCAACCACGUGACUCCAGAGGAGAAAGAACAGGUGUACAGAGAGAGGCAGAAGUACUGCAAGGAAUGGAGGAAGCGGAAGAGGAUGGCAACAGAGCUAUCUGAUGCAAUUCUGGAAGGCUACCCCAAGAGCAAGAAGCAGUUCUUUGAGGAAGUUGGGAUAGAGACAGAUGAAGAUUACAACGUGAAGCUCCCAGACCCUUGAGGGGUCCUCUAGCAAGACAGGGGGAUGGAAAGAAAUGUCCUGGACUGGCUGCCUCCUUCAGGUCGGCUCUUUGUUUUGUUCCUGCUGCCUUCUGCCUUUGGGCAAAGCAGCUGGGACAGGGACUUGAGCAGAGUAGCGAGCCCACAACAGACGGACGGUCACACUCGUUUUAUCGUCCACAUUCUAGUUGCUUGAACUUAAUGCUCAAACUUGGAACAACGCUAAAGGAAAGCACUGGCAAUAUUUAUUAUAAUUUGAUAUAAAAAUACUUAAUUUCCUCUGGAUAACCGAACCUCCCAGAUAACAACCCUGAGGAAGGCUACAGGGUAGAGAGGGGCCAGUGUACACACGGAGCCCAAGGCCUUCGACAAGACUUCCCCAGGCUCUGUACCCAAGGAGGCCUUUAAAUAAUAUCUCUAACCCUUCACAAUCCAGCCCCAAGUCCUGGGAGAAAUACAGGCAGCAUGGAGAUGGCACAGACCCAGAUAUACUUGACAGGAAGGCCGGGAAUGGUUUUGAGGCCCAGUUCAUUUUCCAAAAUUGUAACUUUAAUAAAAUUGCACUGUUGGUGUUUAGAAAAAAAAAAAAAAAACAACUUGUAAUA